CCACAUACCAUAACAGUUGGGAUUUCUUAGACUAAUGAAUCCAAAAAAUGCUUAAAUUUUCACCCAAGAAGUUAAUUUUUUUUUCAGUCAAUUGAGGAAAGUUAUCCGUGGGUGAUUUUUCAUUUUUCCAAUCUGUGGGACAAAAGAUAAAAUGUGGAUAGAAGGAUAUGGGUAUGAGAUACAUAGAAUCCUUAAAAGCCAUCUGAUUGGUUGGUUCAAACCUCAGAAUCCCCACCACAAUUUCCCACUCUUGCAUUCCUAACCACCCAUCUCUGAUUCUUGGUUCCUCCACAUUCACAUAUACACUCGGCUUCCCUUGUACACACUUUCUCUUCAGAAAAACACAGCUCCAACACAGAAAGGAAAAGGGAGAAAGGAAGUGGAGGCAGCAAUGUUGAUGGCAGCAACAGCAAGCUCCAGCACUGUCCUCAGACCAACCCCAUUUCUGGGCCAAACCAGGGGAGCAAACUCUAACCCUCUUAGAGAUGUUGUCCCUAUGGGAACUGGGAAAUACACCAUGGGGAAUGAGCUGUGGUAUGGACCUGACAGAGUGAAGUAUUUGGGACCCUUCUCAGCUCAGACUCCCUCGUACCUGACUGGAGAAUUUCCAGGAGACUAUGGAUGGGACACCGCUGGAUUGUCUGCUGAUCCUGAGGCCUUUGCCAGGAACAGGGCUCUUGAGGUGAUCCACGGGCGUUGGGCUAUGCUUGGAGCACUGGGCUGCAUCACCCCAGAAGUCCUUGAGAAGUGGCUUAGAGUGGACUUCAAAGAACCAAUCUGGUUCAAAGCUGGAGCUCAAAUCUUCUCCGAGGGCGGCCUGGACUACUUGGGCAACCCCAACCUUGUUCAUGCCCAGAGCAUUCUGGCAGUCCUCGGCUUCCAAGUUGUCCUCAUGGGUCUUGUUGAGGGCUUCCGCAUUAAUGGCCUUCCUGGAGUUGGAGAUGGCAACAACCUGUACCCUGGUGGACAAUACUUCGAUCCUCUUGGCCUCGCUGAUGACCCGGUCACAUUUGCUGAGCUCAAGGUCAAGGAAAUCAAGAAUGGACGGCUAGCCAUGUUCUCCAUGUUUGGCUUCUUUGUCCAAGCUAUUGUGACCGGAAAAGGCCCCCUUGAGAACCUCUUGGACCACCUUGACAACCCAGUUGCUAAUAACGCAUGGGUCUACGCCACCAAGUUUGUGCCUGGAUCUUAGACUGCUGGUCUUUGCUUCUUCACCUGUUUUGUGUAAACUCAUUGAGAACAGAACAUUCUGUGUUAGUAGAUUCAAUAUAAUUUAUAAUUUAUGUUUCAGAUGGAACACUGCAUUUUCCGGUAAAUGAAAUAACUCUCAAACUCUUGUAA